GUGAGAGGUCACGCGGCCCGGCCUGUAGCCACCACCACCACUGUGGGCCCCCUGUGGGCCAGGCCCCACCACGACUACUACAGCGGCAGCAGCAGCAGCGGCUUGGAACGUCGCGUUAAACGACAACGUCGAAAGUUGCGUGGCGCGUCUCUGUUGUUGUCGUUGUUGUUUGUUCGUGCUAAGAUGGUCGCAGUUUCCCCGUCGACUUAGCCGCGGCGAGAGAGAGAGAGAGCGAGCGCCGAGAGGAGUUGAAAGCGGCGCCAAGUCAAAAUGCCGACUGCGGUACUCCUGGAUACAUCGCUGUCGAUGGUGCGGCCAUCCGGUGGCACUAACGGGCCUGGUGUAGGUGCUGAGGAAGAGCAGCAGAGGAAGCAUCUGGCAGCCCACGGGGUCCGCAUUCUGCUGGAUCACCUGGCCACACACUACCGGCUUGAGUUUACCUCCCUCCUCGCCUUUUCCUCCGUCUGCAGACUGAUUGUACCAUUUACACGAGACUACAGCUCCCUGCAAGAGGGACUGAGCACAGUCGAAGACCAAGACAAAACGUGUUUAGAGGCUGCACUUAAAACCGUGAGCACAAUCGUGCAAGAAGAGUGGGGAGUUGGUAGCAUCUGCCAGGUGGUGUUGGUGACAGAUGGCUGCAUGGGUAUUGGCAAGGGCUCCCUGAGGCAGUCAUUGGCCUCUCUGGGACAGCGCGGUGACGAUCGUGCCUUCCCCCUCCCAUUUCCCUUCCCCUCUAAGCUAUACGUAAUGUGUAUUGCCACCCUGGAGGAGCUGGCCCAGGGCUGUCUGGAAAACUUACAAUGGUUGGUGGAUCGGAAUGGUGGGCACGGCAAAGUGUUUUACAUGGAGGGUCCCCUUUCCACCAAGAACAUGCAGGUCAUGUUCAGCAAAUUGAUAGAGCAGGGAUAUUCAUCAUUCCACACGGUCGUGAAGUGCGGUCACCUGGCAUCAGAAGCGCAGCUUUUUCCACGCCCAGAGCCAGUCCUUCAGGAAGAAGAGGGAGAUACAAGGAACAUCCUGCCUGAAAUACAGAUUGUGGGCUUCCUGGACAUUAACGAUGUGUGCAGCCCUCCCGUUAUCUCUCGCCACCUGGUGCUGCCAAUCGGACACAGCAAAGAGUCAGAGGAUGGUGGGGCAGGUGGCGUAGAGGAAACUGAUGAAGACCCAAGUGCUCAGAACGCUGGCAAGAGGCCGUCUUUCUGUGUCCUCCUGCACGGUAGCCUCAAGGUGGAAGGCAUGGUGGCCUUGGUGCAACUUGGGCCGGCAUGGUUCGGGAUGCUAUACUCGCAAGCUGACAGCAAAAAGAAGUCGAACCUGAUGAUGUCCGUUUUUGAACCUGGCUUUGAUACCUUACCAUGGCUGGGGAAAUUCACACAGCUGGGCCCCAUCUCUGAUUUCGCAGAAAACCCGUAUGGGGAGGAUGACACUCGGACGCCAUUUCCCAUGAUCCCGGCCACCAAGCGCAGCUAUGCUCAAAACGUCGUGGUGUGGAUUAAGCAAGGUGGCCUCCAGACGGAUGUGCAAAAGAUUCUGAGAAAUGCCAGGAAACUUCCAGAAAAAACACAAACCUUCUACAAGGAAUUGAACCGGCUGCGCAAGGCUGCCCUGGCAUUCGGCUUCCAGGACCUGCUGACCGGCGUAGCGGAGCUGCUGGAGCGGGAGUGUUCGCUGUUGCCCGAGAAGACGCAUCCUGAUGCUGCCUUCCAGCUCAGUCAUGCCGCCAAGCAGCUGCGGAGGUCGGCUCGCCCGCGUUCUGAGCACGCUCGCUACGAGUGCACCAUCGCCCCGCUCCGCACAAACUUCUCAGGGUGCAGUGCAGAAUAGCGCAAGUAAG